AUGUAUUGUCAGAAGUAUAUGCUGGAUACUGCUGUCGAUGAUAAGCCGCUGGCCAAGUUGGAUGAACCAGAAAAGUUGUCAGUCAAUGAUGCGCAUUUAAGAAGAACUAUUCUUGUAGCCGUUCGCGACUAUCUUGAUUCAGAGCACUGGGUUUCGGCCAUCGCAUGUCUUACGAUUGCAUCUAUCGCUGCUCCCGCAAGCUUCGUAAUCGAUCCAGAGGAUAUCAACUUGAUCAAUUCCACCUCGGCCACCAAUGCCAUCCCCGUUCCAGGAACAUACCUUGCGAUCCGUGUCGAGAUUCCUCCAGACUCAACCCCAUUCGAAGAAGACCAAGAACACAACCUUCUCUACCACUUCAGCGACAAGCUCCGAGCGCACGGCACUUCCGACCUCAUAAGACAAGAAAGUGAUAAUGAAGAUAAGAUACACGUGGAGGUUGGCCCUUCCAAGGGAGGUCCUGUCGAGAAACCGAUCUCAUACAGUGAAGCCGCGCGGGUGAUAGAUGCAUUCAGAGCAUACAUCACCGAAGAGAAACUGUAUCGGUCGUUAAACUUCGUCAUCUACGACAUCGGAACCGAGGACGAGAGAGCGGAAGGGAAGAUUGAGCCAUUGCCGGAGAUCACGUUCCUACCAGGUGUUCUCGGCGGAGGAACAAAUAUAACCAGUGUCGUGACCUCGGCGCAGACACAGCGGAGAGCUAGAGAUACACAGGAAGAUCAACUUCCAAUUGUCACCGGCUUGACGUUUCAGAAUUAUACCUCGCCCGUAUCCCUAACCGAAAAAAUCCUGCUAACUCAGCUCCCAAUCCCCUUCACCUACCCGCCCCUAACAGCAACGCUCUACACAUUCACGCCCAUCAGCGUCCUCAGCCCCUUCGACACCCUCAAUGUGCUCUCGCAGCUCGCGACAUGGCUGAGCGCGCAGAUAUCCGCCAGGCCAAUGCCGGCGGAGGGAAGGUGGUUCGAUGUGCCAACGGGGGGAAGGAAGGUUUUGAGGGCUAGUGUUGCGCCGAGGAGACAGGCGGAGGUACAGGGGGAGGGAGAUGGAGAGGGGGGAGGGCAGGGGGGUGGUGGGCAAGGGGGGCUGGAGUUUGGUGAAGUAAGUGAUGCUCUUUCUUUGAGGCUCUGUUUGUGGAUGUGGGUGGGGGGGUGA